GUGGUUUUGCUCUGCUGCCAUUCCUAUGGCUGGUCAACAUCGUGUGGUUUUUCAGGGAAGCAUUCCUGAAACCGCAGUUCAAUGAGCAGCUACAGAUUAGGAAAUAUGUGAAAUGGUCAGCAGUGGGUCUCCUGCUGUGGAUUGUGGCUCUCACCACCUGGAUAACCAUUUACCAGACAUUCCGACCGGAGUGGGGAGCCAUCGGUGAUUAUAUCUCCUUCACCAUUCCCUUGGGGAUUCCGUGAUGACCACUGCAGGACGAUGAGGAUCCAGCUGCUGGGUUUUCUGUGCCCACACUAUUCCUCCUUCCCUGGUUGUGUGACAUUCUCCUUCUCACUGAUAUAACGCAGUGACUCAUCUCUCUCGCUCUAUCUCGGUCCACCAGCACCCUCGUUCUCAACAAUCCAAAUUGCUGCCUUGUGACUUGGUUUACACAAUCUGUUUGAAGAUUAUGGCGAAUGAACUAAAGAAAUUGCUUAUCCUCUGGGUUCUGCCUGGGAGAAUUCAACAACAAGUUGUUGUCUUCAGUGUUGAGGCAUUUUAAUGAGCGAUUUCUAUGCAGGAGUUAAAUCAAUGUAUGCUGCAGUGUGGAGAUUAAAAUGAUCAUUAUUUACA